GACUUUUUCCGCUGUAAUUCGAACAUAGCGUGACAUAUGCUUACUGGCUAACAAAUACAUUACUACUCACACAUCCCUCGUUCUAUUUCCAUUUGUGAUUGAAUUAGCUGAAUUCUAAACCAAAUAUUAUCAUUAUUUAUAGACUGUAAUUGGAAUACAUCACAUUCUACGUGGGAUUAUAUCACCAGAGAGUUCGCCAACCUGUUUGGAAUUAUCAAACAUUUAUAAUUGUGGAUUUACAUUACCGGACCUAAUCAGAACACGCAGCGUUUGAUCAAUUUAAGUAACGUCCCUAAUUUUAAUUGUAUUUGUAACGAUUAACUGUAUAUAUUAAUAUUACUAUUGAUCUUUAGUAACUUUGUUUAUAAUUUUUUGCGUUCAUAUUUGUUUGGUCCACCACAAUUAUUUGGUGAGCCUCGUUUUUUUUAUAUAGACAAUUACCUUAUAUAUCUGCAUAUUUUUUAUUAUUAUUACCUGGCACGACACCAUUUUUUUUUUUCGUUUUUGUCAUUAUGAACUCUACCGGUAAGCUUAUUGAUAUUGAAAGUUCACCGACCAACUUUCUAAACUCUCCACAACUAGAGGAUAAUGCUUUAAACUCGAUCAACGCUAUCUCAGAGUUAAGAUUACCAACGUAUUGUAUUAAUAAUCCAAGAAUCUGGUUUGCUCAGAUUGAAGCUUUAUUCAUGGCUAGAGGCAUAAAAUCUCAGGCAUCAAAGUAUGCAUACGUAGUCGGUGCACUUCCUGUUGAGAUUGCCGCUGAAGUCGGAGAUUUAAUCGAUCACGUGCCAGAUUCCGAACCAUAUGAUAAGAUAAAAGCAGCAGUUAUUCAACGCACCACGGUCUCAGAUGAGAAAAGGCUGCAACAAUUGUUAACAUCUUGUGACUUGGGAGAUAAAAGACCCUCUCAACUUCUCCGUCACAUGAAACAACUCGCCGGUCCAUACAAGCUAGACGAAGCCCUCCUAAAGCAAAUGUGGUUUCAAAGAUUACCACACAGCGUUAGACAAAUUCUCAGUGUUUCAGGGAAAUCCGUCGCACUUGAUGACUUAGCCGACAUGGCGGAUAAAAUGAUGGAAGUCUACCAUAAUAGUCACGGUGUGAACUCAUUGCAACCACCUGGACCACUAGAUAUUAGCUGUUUAGUCUCCUUUCAAAAGCAGUUAACGCAGUUAACGAGCCAGCUAGCGUCUCUGCAAUCAACCAUAGCAACCAUCCAAGCUGGACAAUCGAGAUCCCCCUCCAGACGAAGAUCUUUUUCUAGACAACGGUCUAGGUCACCGAAGCGAACAUCUGAUGUUUGUUGGUACCACCAAAAAUACGGCACCAAAGCACGGCGUUGUACACGACCGUGCACAUUUUCUGCGUCUGACACAGAGAAUCAGGGAAACGGCCCGGCCAGACAGUGAUGGCGGCGCCUGUUUCUGGCCACUACACGAGCCGUCUAUUUCAUGUCAGGGAUCGAAUUUCGGGCUCAGAUUUUUUGGUCGAUACGGGAGUCGAAAUCAGCAUUAUCCCAUUACACCUCUCUCAACGACGGCACUCUCAGAGUACUAAAUUGUCUCUAGUCGCAGCCAAUAACACAGUCAUUAAAACUUAUGGCGAGCAAUCACUUAUUUUAGAUCUCGGUCUCCGGAGACGUUUCACAUGGGUUUUCAUCGUAGCUGAAAUCAAACAACCCAUUAUCGGGGCCGAUUUUCUCGGUGCUUACAAUCUACUUGUAGACAUGGCAAAAACGAAGCUAAUCGACAAAAACACAAGCUUACAGGUCAGUGGCACAACUACCUCCAGUUACGAAGUUCAUGGAGUCCGUAUGUUAAGACCGGAAAACAAAAUUUUCACCGAUAUCCUGUCGAAGUAUGAAAGUAUAACCAGAGCUGAUUACCAAAACGAAUGCUCCACACAUCAUGUCCAACACAGUAUUACUACUACAGGACCACCUAUUCGCGCCAGAGCGAGAAGACUCCCUCCGAACAAGUUGCAGUUCGCUAAGAGAGAAUUCGAACAUAUGAUGCAACUUGGGAUAAUCAGACAAUCUAACAGUCCUUGGGCCUCGCCGCUGCAUAUGGUUCCCAAGAAAGAUCAAGACUGGCGCCCAUGUGGAGAUUAUCGCCGUUUGAAUAACCAGACUAUCCCAGACCGGUAUCCGAUACCUCACCUGCAUGAUUUUUCUUUAAAUCUACAUGGAAAACAGAUCUUUUCAAAGUUAGAUCUAGUCCGAGCAUACCAUCAAAUACCGAUGGCACCUGAGGAUAUCGAGAAAACAGCCGUAAUCACACCUUUUGGCUUGUUUGAAUUCUUGAGGAUGCCUUUCGGACUAAAAAACGCCGCUCAAACCUUCCAGAGAUUUAUGGACGAAGUAACUAGAGGUUUGGAUUUCGUAUUUGCCUAUAUCGACGAUGUUUUAAUCGCUAGUUCUUCCAUUGACGAACAUGUCCAGCACCUACACACACUUUUUGAACGUUUCAAAAGUUAUGGUGUUGUAAUCAACCCUUCGAAGUGUAUAUUUGGCGCCUCAUCUCUGGAAUUCCUGGGACACCACAUUGAUUCCCAAGGAAUUAAACCGCUUGAAGAGAAAGUCAAAGCUAUCUCCAGCUAUCCAGAACCAACCUCAGUAAAAUCACUACGUCGUUUUCUCGGAACAUGUAAUUUUUAUCGACGAUUUCUACCAAAUUGUGCCGAUGUACUUCAGCCAUUGACAGAUUUACUGAAAAACGAUAAAUCACGUACCAAGAAAGAAAAGAACCAAAUAUUCAAGUUACCUUCCGAUGCCAAAAUAGCAUUUGAAAAAGCUAAAUCCAUGAUUGCUAAUGCUACCAUGCUUCAACACCUAAAUACUGACCCCACAACACUGUUGAUCCUAUGCACGGAUGCUUCACAAAAAGCCGUCGGGGCAGUAUUACAACACCGGGUAAACAACACUAUUACCCCCAUUGCCUUUUUCUCCAAGAGAUUAUCGCCAGCACAAGAACGUUAUAGUACUUUUGGACGCGAACUCUUAGCUAUAUAUUUAGCAGUAAAACAUUUCAACUUUUUGCUACAGGGUCGGGAUUUCAUCAUUAUGACAGAUCACAAACCUCUUUGCCAUUCUUUUAGCACAUCGUAUGACAAACACUCCCCACGAGAAGCAAGACAACUUGAUUAUAUCUCCCAAUUUACCACAGACAUCAGGUUUAUCAAAGGUCACAUGAACAUUGUUGCAGAUGCACUAUCUAGGAGGGAUAUCAAUACGAUGGUACUCAAUCAUGACAUCAGCCUUGAAACCUUAGCUAAAUUACAAGCAGACGAUGCAGAAUUGAAAGCCUGCAAAGAAAAGUCUAGCUUAGAUCUCAAACCUGUACCGAUUCCUCUUUCAGAUACAUUUAUCAUGUGCGACACUUCAACAGGCAACAAUCGUCCGUUUGUCCCACACGCUUGCCGACGAAAAAUAUUUCAGCAUUUACAUGGCCUUUCACAUCCAGGCAUCAGAGCAACAACAAAGCUCAUUACCGAGCGUUUUGUGUGGCCUAAAAUCAACUCGGAUGUUAAACGUUGGACACGUAACUGUCUCCAGUGCCAACGCAGUAAGACGCAAAAACACACCUACAGUCCAAUUGGGAAGUUCCCUAUCCCUGACAAACGCUUCCAGCACGUGCAUUUAGAUUUAGUUGGGCCUCUGCCACCAUCAAACUCUUUCACACAUAUCCUCACAGCAAUAGAUAGGUUCACAAGAUGGGCCAUAGCAUGCCCCAUUAAAGACACAUCGGCAGAGACAGUGGCUUCAGUUUUCCUCGACCGCUGGAUAUCCAACUUUGGCGUACCAUCAACAAUCACAACAGAUCGUGGUCCCCAAUUCCAAUCCGUCCUAUUUAACGAGUUCACUAAACUUCUUGGAGUAAAUCAUGUUAAAACGACAGCUUAUCAUCCGGCAGCUAAUGGCAUGGUUGAAAGAUUCCAUCGCCAACUAAAAAGCUCUCUGAUGGCACAACCGGACCCUUCAAAAUGGAGCGAUGCUUUACCGCUCGUUCUCCUUGGGAUUCGCUCGUCUGUAAAGGAAGACAUCGGAUGCACGGCCGCUGAACUAGUCUAUGGCACGACAUUAACGUUACCAGGACAACUGGUCAAGAAUGAACCUACAACACCAGGAGACCCUUCUCGCUUUGUAAGCAGAUUACUACAAAUGAUGCAGAGCAUCAGAGCAAUACCACCUCGAGAAUACGACAACCGAGUCCAUCUUCAUGAACAUUUAGAAACGUGCAAAUUUGUUUUUGUUCGAGUAGACGCGGUGAAAAAGCCACUGACACCACCGUAUGAAGGCCCUUAUAAAGUAAUAAAACGCACUCACAAAUAUUUCAUUAUCAAUAAAAAUGGGAACAAGGAGACAAUUUCCAUUAACCGAAUAAAACCAGCUUUCUACGAAGUCCCUCAAGCCACAGAAGACAAUGCUGCGAACAAACAAUCACUCCCAUCAAUUGCUAUCGAGGACCUACACUAUUAAUCUCAUCUAAAAAAUUUUUUUCUUUUCACAGUGUUCAUAAUUAAUCACAUUUUUUUUUCCACAAUUAUUCGUUUUGUCACAUUUUUUUAAAAAAAAAUUGUAACAAUAAUAAACGGGUAAACUCUUUUUAAUUAUUUAUUCAUUAUACACAAAAAUAAACAGCUCAAUUUUUUUGCGUGUGUGUGGGUUAUUAAAAGUUUUACACAUUAUUAUCCUUGUUAGCCAAACAAGACAUUAAAUGACAGUAUUUCCUUCUUUUUGUAUUCGUUAUGCUAUGCUACAUUAUUGCUAUUCUCAAAUGAUAACACACUCUAUCUUAUUCAUGUUUAUGUCAUAUCCAUCUCUACAACUUUUGUUGGUUAUAACUGUGAAUAUUAUUUUUGUAUAUACACAUAUAUCAUAUUCUUACAUUUUUUUAUCAUAACCAGUGUUACCUCCGGACACUCUGGGGGGAGCUAUGUGGAGAUAGAUCUGACAAGCUUAUUUUGUAAAUAGUUUUUAAUAUUAUUUGUAUUUGUCAACUUCUCACUGAAUGUACAUUUAUCAUUAAAUGAUUGUACCUGUUGUUUAAGUUAAUGACCUUGAAGACUUUUUCCGCUGUAAUUCGAACAUAGCGUGACAUAUGCUUACUGGCUAACAAAUACAUUACUACUCACACAUCCCUCGUUCUAUUUCCAUUUGUGAUUGAAUUAGCUGAAUUCUAAACCAAAUAUUAUCAUUAUUUAUAGACUGUAAUUGGAAUACAUCACAUUCUACGUGGGAUUAUAUCACCAGAGAGUUCGCCAACCUGUUUGGAAUUAUCAAACAUUUAUAAUUGUGGAUUUACAUUACCGGACCUAAUCAGAACACGCAGCGUUUGAUCAAUUUAAGUAACGUCCCUAAUUUUAAUUGUAUUUGUAACGAUUAACUGUAUAUAUUAAUAUUACUAUUGAUCUUUAGU